GAAGUGAACAAUUAUUACAUUAAUACUAAAUAAAAGAUUAAUUCAUAUCUUAUAAUAAUUAUAUUAAUUGUAAAUAUUCCUGUGCUUUGUGUGUGCGUGGAACUAUUGCGGCACUUUUUCAACAACUCAGCCGUAAACAGCAGUUAAUAGCAAUAAUGUUCCAGUUUCGUGCGUUCAUAUUUCGGCCAGUUUUGUGGAGCACAAGAUCUGAAGCGUUUGCCAGUUAUAGACCACGGCCGUAUAAUGAUAACAAAUCCUUUAGCCGCAACAAAUAUGAUUCUCUGUCCGAUGAAGAAAUCUAUGACGAGGAGAUGGAGAAGUCUGAAGGUUUCGCUCACGAACGCAAGGUCGUUAAAGAUGUCUAUAAGGAAAGUCUCACAACAUCGACGAGAACUGACGAAGAAAUAAAAACAUUUAUGAAGAAACACAACAUCACCGUUAAUGGUAACCUAUUAAAACCUGUUCUGACCAUCAAUGAAAUAGAGGUCUUUCCGAAACCCGUACUUAAAGAAUUUACUGAAAAACGAAUCACAGCGCCCACACCGAUCCAGAGUGUAUGCUGGCCCAUGGUUAUGUCUGGUACAGAUUUGAUUGGUAUUGCUCAGACGGGGUCGGGAAAAACGCUCGGAUACCUACUACCCUCAGCAUUGCACAUCAAGGCUCAACCUGAGAGCAACCUAAAAGGACCCACGUCCCUUGUUCUAGCUCCAACUAGAGAGCUGGUACAGCAAAUCGCCAAAGUAGCAGAGGAGUGGCUAUCAUUCCAUUUUGGGAUUCGAAAUGUUUGCGUCUACGGUGGAUCUGAUAAGCAUUUCCAGAUAAGGGGACUGCGACUUGGGUCCGAACUAUGUAUAGCGACACCUGGUCGUUUAAUUGACCUACUCAAGAAUCGUGUGACUACCCUGGCUAAUACCAGCAUGCUGGUUCUGGACGAGGCCGAUCGAAUGCUUGACAUGGGUUUUGAACCUCAAAUUCGUGAAAUUGUUGAAAGAAUGAGAGAAGAUCGACAAACACUGAUGUUUAGCGCCACGUGGCCCGCGGAUGUUCGUAUGCUUGCUUCGGAUUUUAUGGAGCGAGAUUCUCCCCGCAUAAAUAUCGGCUCGACCGAAUUAUGUGCUAAUGAGAACAUCAAGCAGGAAGUCCGAGUUAUACCGGAAAACAGAAAACGUGCAAUGCUUCUCGAUAUUGUUCAUUCACGGCCCACUCAUAAGAUCCUUAUAUUCGCCGGCACAAAGCGAACCGUUUCGUCGAUAGCCCGAGAGUUGCUUCAGUCCGGAAUUCGUUGCGUUGAAUCUCAUGGCGAUCUCAGCCAAGCUAAACGAGAGAGGUCACUUCAACAUUUCAAGGGCACUACGAAUGUGAUGGUCGCGACCGAUGUGGCCGCCCGAGGUCUUGACGUGCAAAACAUCAGCCUUGUGAUUAACGUUGAUUUCCCACAGACAGUUGAAGAUUAUAUACACCGUAUCGGACGAACUGGCCGAAGCGGAUCUAAGGGCGAGGCGAUAACCUUUUUUACCGAGGCGGAUGCGCCAUUCGCGAAGGGUCUUAUCAGUGUGUUAGCUCAAGCUGAUCAGGAGAUUCCUGCGCAUCUCAGAGAUAUCGCGAACAGAGCUUCUAAACAUAAUACAGGUUUCCGUAAUCGUGAAUACAGACCGCACGCUCCCAAGUUCAGCAGAUUGAGUCGAUCGUCGAAUUGGCGACACGCGGCCCGGAGCAAAUAGAUGUCAAAGUUCUCAAGCUGGUAACAAUUACAGUAGUUAAGUUCUAUGGAUAGAGAUAUUCAAAUUCGGUAAUUGGGAUUGAGCUGCUGUAUGUUAAGCAGUUCAUAGCGCUUUAGUUCAAUGGCUGUUCGAGUCAAUCGAUAUAGGGUCAACUUAAUAAGCGUGUGGUGAUGUACGAAGGUGAUGCGUGAUAACUGAAAACAAAAAGCAGAACUUCAAUUGAAUCUUAAAAUGAGGAAGUAUUUUAUAUUUUAUUUGAUUAACUCCUAGCUCCAUCCAGCAAAUUUGCGCUUUUGUUGCGCUUUUUUCUCAAUUACGUACGUUUGUCUUCUGCUGAAUGAAAAUUAUAUAUAGUAUUAUUGCAUUGUUAUCUCGGCCUCAGAACUUGGUGUGGGAUCGAAUGGCUGAUGUUGUAGUGAAUACCAACUUACGAUACAGAGAAAUGCUAACUAUAGGUAUGUAACAGUUAUUUUAUACGUAAUAAAUAACAGUAAUAGACAAUAUUGGGACGAUCUAGUGUCCUUUAGGAAGGACAUAACGCAAUUUCUAAUCUACUUGGAAAGUGGGAAAAGGCUCAUUUAACUGAAAAGAAUAAGGUAUUUGUUAUUGUAUUUUUCACUAGUCAUUGAAUUUGAGUAAGCUGAAUUGACUAGUAUAUUUAAAAAAAGAGUCCAGUUUAAACAUCCGUUUAGCGGUUUUUCCUUGUUCACUUAAUAACAAAAGUAAGAAGCUCUGGUAUGAUCAGAUUCAACCUAUAAGCUAGUUUCGCAGGUCAAAGGGCCGCUGUCACCCCUUUCGUUUGUUGACUUUCAGAUUGGGUCAGGUACGUGGGGCACCCAUUAAUUUUAGAACGCCUCACAGUAGUCGCAUUAGUAUCGGUUAGGACCUAUUUCAUACAAACGAAUUUCCAUUGUUUGGGUCUGUAUCGAGCCUAACUGUUUUAUUUUCAGUUGUAUUAAUUGAUUAUUGCUACAUGCAUGCAGUCUAUAAUGUAUAAAAAAAGAUCGUUUCUUUCUGGUUGGACAAACGUGAGAUUUCUAUUCAGCUGCAGAAAAUCACUCAUAAUAAGGUUUUUUUAUUUUAUGUUCAUUCGACAAAUUAUCAACAAUUCCGGAGAUAUUUAGUCACUUUUGAAAAUAUAAUAAACAUGAAACACAAUGGGGCACCGUUGUGACCUUGAGAAAGUAUCUUUUCUUUUAGGCCACUAGCCGCACUUUCAAUGAAUCCUGCAUAGACUGCAUUAGCCAUAGUCGGUAAUUUCGCAUUAGUUACAGGAAAUAUCUAUCAAUCAAUAGCCAAGAGAACGCCCAGUUUACAAUUGGUCUUUAAUCUGUGAUUAAAGCUCCCGCUACAAAAUUUUCGAUGAUUGUUGUAAUUACGAGGUCAAAAGUAAAGAGUUAAAAAAAAAUAUGAAAAAAGUAGGUCGUAAAUGUACCUUCUACUGCUAAUGAUCAUUCAAAACCGCGCCGUUAUAUAAAUCUAAUUGCUUGAUGUCUUUUUUUUUUUUAGCUACAAAAACGACGCUAUAGAGCGGUCCAUUUGUUCCAGUUGUCUAGUGUUAGUCGUCCAUGAUAACCCGGGUUCUGACCGCAUGAAUUUGUGAUGCGAUGUUCGCUAGAAAAAUGAAAAUGAAUCCGAGGCAUAGCACGAUAAGUUUAUUACAUCCUGUAGGAACUAGACCGAUCUUUACGGCUUAAUACCGGCGUAUGCUAUCAACAACUCUGGGUACCAGAGCAGUACCACGACGUGCCAUCUUGUUUUUCAUUCUAUACUACGGUUGUAUAAAAUAUGCGUCGAGAAAUUGUAGUUAAUAGUUGGUGCUUCGUUUAUCGCAUAAGAACGAGGCUGUUAUUUAGAUUAUAAGCGCAGAUACUGUCUAGUGUCCUUAGACCAAAAGAAUUUGUUAGCCAGGAUAUCCUUGGUUACCUAAAAUUUAUGUUUUAUCAUAUUGUACGCAACUGUAAGAGGUAUAGAAACAGGUUUCUGUAUGCCAAAUUCUAGAACCCCGUCAUUAAUUAGAACAGGGUAAAAGUGCAUUUCUGACGAUCCUAGUCUUUCGAUACCAUGUCAACUGAUAAGCCACGGUACUCCUUUCAGCAAGAUCGAACUUGCAUUCAGACAACCAUACAUCUGUAUAAGACUGGAUGAGCAUUUGUGCUGAUUGGAUGAGAGUGUGAUAAAUGUCAGUAUAACAGUGUCGCGCCAGAGAGGAAGCACUUAAAAUUCAUUAUAAGGUAGGAAUACUUAAGUACCAGUUGUUUAGCUGUUUAGUCCUAAACUGAAGUCGUCCUCUAAGCGAAUAGCAACUAAUUGAUACGUGUAUCGAGAUACCUUUGUGCAUACAUGUAAGAAAAAUCGCUUAAUACUUACAUUUACAUAACGAUACUUAGUUUAAAUGCGUGUUAGAAAGAGAUCGUAGUGAUAUCUUAAGGGGUAACAUGUUUAUCUGCUGAUCUUAGGGACACACUGUGGUCUAUGUUUAAACCCGACCAGAAACACACUUCGUUGCGUACUAGGGUCUAGCCCUUUAUUUAGAGUGCCUACCAGACGUAAAGUUCGUAGCCUAGACGUUAAUUUUUUGUCCUGAAAAACCCAUACGCUGUUUAUAAAUUACGCUAUGUCUAGAUAAGAUAAAACUAUGAUGAAAAUUAUCAGAACGUGCUAUAUGGACAAGCUAUGCAUAAAUACUUUGCCAUUAACGAUUCACUAGCUCUAUCUGUAAGAACACAUUUCAUGCAAUAAGUGCAUAGCACGUUUUCUACCACUAAAAAAGUGAUUAUUUAUUUGGUGACUUUCGGGCAUUUUGUUGAUUCGCUUUAUUUGCCUCACCAUUAUUAUUAUUAUUAGUCUAUUGAUUUUGUAUUUAUAAUUUUUUUAUAUUAUUAUUAUUAAUAUGUACACACCGGCGACGCAGCGCAGGUGACCGAAGUACUAUCAUUGUCCUGACCAUCCAUCUGCUAGUUAUCUCCUUGAGUAUGACAUUAUCAAUAAUAUCGUUUUUUUCUUUUUUUUCUAAUCCACGAUAUUUCCCAUUUCUUCAAUGGAACGUGUCGUACACGCCUACGGUACACAAACGCAGUUCUGCUUUUGUAGAUUCCUGGCCUUGGUGUCGUCUUGUUCGUAUUUGUUGUCAAUAGCUUCCUCAUCAUAUUAUAAUGACAGCAUUUUUUCUAAAAUUUUUUUCAUUCUUGCUUGUGUCGUCCUAUUUUCCAUAUCAGUUCACUGUAUUUGCCUGUCUAUUCAUCCCUGCCUCUCUAUCGCUCGCUCGCUCGCUCUAAAUCAAAUACGCCUGUCUCACUUUCUUCGUUGGUCUGUAUUGCAAUAAUAAUUAUAAUAAUAACAGUCAUCUUUCACGUUUUUUCAUCAUCAUCGUCGUCGCCCUAUUCAAUAAUAAACUUCUAAAGAUUUCUAGCUGACGAGUAAAUCUUCACGCUUCUUCAGUGCUUAUAAUCUACCCACAAGGGCGAACCACAAAAGCCAUAACAGCGGUUGUGGCUAAGCUGUGCGACAACUAUAGCAGAUGUGUCAGUACAACUGGGUUCCAAGAGUACCUAAACCUAUUUUUUCAUUUUUCGAUAUAUAUAUAUAUAUAUAUAUCGCGUCGCCAUGUCACAUUCUCGAGUAAACUCGUCCUUAUUUCGUUCGGGUGUCCUAUUUAUUUUUGUUUGUUUAUGUCCAUCAGUGUCAGUUUUAUUGUAAUUGCUUGUUAGUAUUCGCCGCGCGUUGAGGAUAAUGUCAAUCUGUGACUGUUUUGGCGACCUCGCAAGUCGACUUUUAAUAAUAACACUCAGCCAUGUGAUUGCAACGGGCUCAAUCUAAGAACACUAAAAAAAAAAGUAUGUUCCUAGAUGGGGAAUCAACAUACAGGUAUGGUGAGGUAAUUGUAGGACUAUAGAUAAUACGACGAAGCGACGCAAAUCACUGAUUUGUGCGAACCACGGGCGUUGAAAAAAGAUCUAAACAAUUGUUCCUUCAAGGUGAAAAUUUAUAAACAAUAUGGCUAUUUUCUAACUGAACAGAUGUUCAUUAUGAAAAAUUCACCCGAUGCUUAGUAACCACGCGGUCGCCAACCCGAUUAUCUGAUGGCUAAAAAUAAGAUAAAACUAUUUCGAGCAGUUAGUUCCAAAAAAGUCGUUCGAAGCUUCAAGAGCGGACAGUGAAGACACGGCAGGUCUUUGGUUACAACAUCCACGGUGCAUCUUCAAUGGA